AUGGAUGAUUUCCUAGCUUCAAUCCUCCAUAACCCAUCUCUGGAUUUCUUCAAAACAUUUCUCCAAAGGUAUAGAAAGCCCUCUCACAUUGUUGUGGAAUGUGGAUUACACUCUCCAAUCACGUGUUACCAAAAACCCAUCAAUCUGUUGUGCUUUCUUGCCCAACGUCUUCCUCUCUUUUAUCUACUCUUCAAAGCUAUACCAAUGCUUGCGAAAGAAAGUUUAAAAGCUUUAGGUGGAUUGGGUUUUCUUUCUCUUGGUGGGAAAUUCCUUCUCAGGCAUUUUCAGGUUGCUGCAGAAGCAAGAAGCUCAGAGGAUUUUGUAGCACACUGUUUACUAACAGUUGCAGGAACAUCACUUAUAACUCAGAAAUUAGCAACAUACUUAUAG